AGGCUUUUCCGCGACGCACGCGGCCCAGGCCACAACGGCCUGGAGGCCCACGCCCCGGCGGCUCCGCUCCGGCGCCCACACCUUGGCGCCUCCGCCGCAGUGCCGCACUAUCGGAGGAGCUGAGCGAAGCUGCUCCACCGGGAGUCGCUCGAGAUGGGUGGCCCUACCUCUCCCCGUCGGGAGAAUGACGGCGAGGGGAGCGGCCGGAGAUCUCCAGCUCAGGCGACAGAGAAGGAGCGCCCGAGGUCCUUCGACGAGAAGACCCGGACGGCGUGCUGGCGUAAGGCAGCGGUGCUGGCGGGGCGGCACCCGGAACGCUGGCGGCUGGACGCCGUGGGCAACGUGGUCUGCCGCCGCUUCUGGGGCUGCCACGGAUGUCUCUGCUACGAGUACGACCACAUCGUCCCUUUCUCCAAAGGAGGAGAAUCCACUGUUGAGAACUGUCAGAUCCUCCAAACUAGGGUGAACCGUUCCAAAUCUGAUAAAACAUGGGUAGAGCAAGCAGAGAUGCGGGGUUUUUCAUGUGAUAUUAAGUUUACUGAUCAGGAGCUAGAUAUAAUUGAGAUGGCUGUCUAUGGGGAUGUCAUUCGUCCAGGGAAGCAAUGCCGCUGCAAAACAGUAGCCGAGAUGCUCGGGCAGGUGAAGUCAAUGAAUCGCAUGGCUGCUUGUGAGUUACCAGACAAAGGUGCCUCUUAAAAUGUUCAAUUGGUUUCGACUCUCACCUGUCAGAACACAACCUUUUGAGUGCAGUUGAUUCUAUUCAACAGGGAAACUCGAGUUCUUUCUCACAAGAAGUAAUUCUGUGAAACGACUGCAGUUGAUUUGCAGCCUGUGCUCAUGAUAUCUGCUCUUGAACAUUCUGUUGAAAUUUUUGGUCUCAGCAUUUUGUUGAGCGAGAUGACAAUGGAAUUUCGACUUUUUUACAUAUUGAUUGAUGACAACGUUAUCAAUGAAUUGGUUGAUUUCAA